GCCAAAAUAUUGUGAAAAUGUUCAUAAAAAUGGCUCAUAUUUGCCUUGCAAUAAUUGUUUUUGUUGCAGCAACUACUUGGGCGCGCCCACAACGUUUCGCACAUAUCGCUGUCAUCGAAAAUGAAGCCUAUGAACAAACCUUGCCCAACGCACUACGCAAUCCAUUCUAUAAGACGCCGCGUGUACGUGAAGCGUUAGCCAAGUCUAGUUGGUUUGGACCGGGCGAGGAGCCGGUAUAUGAUCGUCAAGCUGAGAAAAUACCACGUGCGGAGAUCUUCAAUGUGUUGGCACAUGCCGGAUUUAUUAAUAAAAACGGAAAUUUGAUUUAAGCCAUGCAGAGUCGCUUUAAAAAGUUUGAAUAUUUUCCAAUACAGAUCAUUUUUAGGGCAUACAGGCACAAAUACCUAUGCAUUUAUGUAUAUUUAGUAAAACUAACGAUUUUAUUCACAUUUA